CUUUUCCGGUCUAGCUCUGCGUGGCCAAGUUCCUUUUCUCCUUGGUAGUGGUCGAGCUAGCGCGGCUGUGGAGAGAAAGAAAAGAACUUCCGCUGUCGGGCGCAGCUUAACGUCCCCCCUCCGCGCGGAUCUGGCCAUUCGGGCGCUUUCCGCAGGCAUUGAAAGUGAAAUUGGAGCGGAGAUAAAUUGAUGAGCACAGUCCACUCUGUUUAUCAUCCAGAUGUACCCUUCUGCACAUAUUGGAAUUUCCUCAUAAUAAUUAAACAGCUUCUCAGACGUGGUGUGCUGUCUUGUCAGACCUUGGAAGGCUGUCUUGGGGUGGGUACCUCAGCACCUUUCUUAACACAUACAGUCUUUGGAGAUAAUACCUGUAUUGUAGUCACCUUUCUCCAGAACCACAGGUUGAUCCAUGUUUUCACCAAGGACAGCUUUCCUUUUUUUAAGCUGAUUAGUAUUCUACAACAGGGUCUCACUAAGUUGCUGAGGCUGACCUCAAACUUGAACUCCUCCUGUCUCAGCUGCCAAAGUUGCUGGAAUUAUAGAUUCAUAAACUGCCUUGGCGUGUCUUUGGAAUCUCAGAAGAGCGUGAUUACACAUAUUUCAGGAUCAGACUAACAUGGAUGUUACCAGUUUGUCCCAUGGAGGUCUACUUCCUGUGGACCCAGUCUGUAGUCAAGAAGAAGAGACAGAGGAGAAAAGUACAGCGGCAGAUUGUUUGAGAAAUGAUUGGGAUUCAGUGAGCAUUGAAGAUGUGACUGUGGACUUGACCCAGGAGGAGUCAACUUCAGAGGACCCAACUCAGAAAAACACACACAGUGAUGGGACAGUGAAGAACUGCAAGAACUUGACCUCCGUGGGAUGUCAGACACUUAUCAAACCCAUCCCUGUGUCUUCCUUGGAAGAAGAGGAAGAGUUGAUGACAGUGCACACAGGAGUUAUUCAAGAAUUGGAUAUGCAACUAAAAACCAAAGAUUCAGCACUUCAGCAGAAUUUUUUGACUGAACAUAUCUCCAGUGAUACACAACUGGACUCAGUGACCUUUGAGGAUGUGGCUGUGGACUUUACCCAGGAGGAGUGGACUUCACUGGACCCAAUUCAGAGAAACCUUUAUAAAGAUGUGAUGCUGGAAAACUUCCAGAACCUGUCUACAGUAGGACGUCAGCUCUUGAAACCCAGCCUGAUUUCUUGGUUGGAGGAAGAAGUGCAGUUGACUAUAGUGGAACGCGGCAUUCUUCAAGAAUGGGAAAUGCACCUUCAAACCAAAGGGACAGCACUUCAGCAGGGUGUAUUUUGGUCAGAUACAUCAAAUGGGAUACAGCUGGCAGGAAGCCACAAUGGAGAAGAACACCAUGACUCUAAACAAAUUGGAAAGGUUUUUAGUGAACCCUCAUUUCUUCAGACAUACACAAGUACUCCUAAUACAGAGAACACUUCAGAGUGUAGUAAGUAUGGAAAAGACUUCCUUCCACUACUCAAGAACACCUCUACUGAAGAGAAACUUUCUGUGUUGAACCAGUGUGUAAAACCUUUUACCUUGACUACAGAUGUUUACCAGAAAAAAUUUACUGAUGAUAAAUCCUUUGAAUGCAGUGACUGUGGGAAGACCUUUGUUAAUGAGUCACACUUUCAGGCACAUAGCAGAACUCACAAUGGGGAAAAUGUCUAUGAAUUGGAACAGUGUGGGAAAACUUCUACAAAUUCCACAAACCCUGAUGGGUGUGUUGAAAUGCCCACUGUAAAAAAGUACUAUGAAUGUAAGAAAUGUGAAAAAUUCUUUACACAUCCUCUUUACCUUAAUAUUCAUAUGCAAAACCACACUGUGGAGAAACCUUAUGAUUGUAAGGAAUGUGGGAAAGCCUUUACCAAGCGCUCAAGCUUAAUUGUACAUCUACGAGAACACACUCGGGAAAAAUCCUAUGAGUGCAAGGAAUGUGGGAAAGCCUUUCUUCAACCCUCACGCCUUGCUGAACAUAUGAGAAGUCACACGGGAGAGAAACCCUUUCAGUGUGAGCAAUGUGGAAACGCCUUUGCCUCUUCAUCUUAUCUAACUACACAUUUGAGAACUCACACUGGAGAGAAGCCCUUCGAGUGUGACAUAUGUGGGAAAGCAUUUACACGUUCCUCCUACCUGGUGGGUCACAUACGAACUCACACUGGGGAGAAACCCUAUGAAUGUAAAGUAUGUGGGAAAGCCUUCAGUGGGCGUUCAUGGCUUACUAUUCACUUACGAAACCAUACUGGGGAGAAGCCCUAUGGAUGUACAGAGUGUCAGAAAGCCUUCACCAGCUUUGCUCAACUUACUGAACAUACAAAAACUCACACUGGCGAGAAACCCUUUCAGUGUAAGGUAUGUGCAAGAACCUUUAGAAAUUCCUCCUGCCUUAAGACCCACUUUCGAAUUCACACUGGAAUAAAGCCCUACAAGUGUAAUUACUGUGGGAAAGACUUUACUGCACGCUCAGGCCUCACUAAGCAUGUACUAACUCACAAUGGGGAGAAGCCAUAUGAUUGUAAGGAAUGUGGGAAAGCCUUCAGUACAUCUUCAGCCCUUGUUGAACAUAUAAGAAUUCAUACAGGAGAGAAGCCCUUUGAAUGUUACCACUGUGGUAAAGCCUUGGCUCAUUCCUCAUCUCUUGUUGGACAUUUGAGAACUCACACUGGAGAGAAGCCCUUUGAGUGUAACAUGUGUGAGAAAGCAUUUUCAACUUCAUCCCACCUUCGCAUUCACAUGCGAACUCACACUGGAGAGAAACCCUACGAAUGUAAGGAAUGUGGGAAAACCUUCCCUGAGCGUUCAUGCCUUACUAAACACUUAAGAACACAUACUGGGGAAAGACCCUAUGAAUGUAAGGAAUGUGGGAAGGCAUUCACUAGCUUUUCUCAACUUAACGUGCACAUAAAAACUCACAGUAGCGAGAAGCCCUUUCAGUGUAAGGUAUGCACAAAAUCAUUUAGAAAUUCUUCAUCCCUUGAGACCCACUUUCGAAUUCACACUGGAAUAAAACCCUAUAAAUGCAAUUAUUGUGGGAAGGACUUUACUGCACGCUCAGGCCUUACUAUACAUUUACGAAAUCACACUGGGGAGAAAUCAUAUGCAUGCCAGGAAUGUGGGAAAGCCUUCACUACUUCCUCAGGCCUUAUUGCACAUAUAAGGAGUCAUAAGGGGGAGAAACCCUUCGAAUGUGACCACUGUGGGAAAGCCUUUGCUUCUUCUUCAUAUCUUAAUGUACAUUUGAAAAUUCAUACCGGAGAGAAGCUCUUUCAGUGUACAGUGUGUGGGAAAACAUUUACAUGUUCUUCUUACCUUCCGGUCCACAUGCGAACUCACACUGGUGAGAAGCCCUUUCAGUGUAUAAUAUGUGGAAAGUCAUUUCUGUGGUCCUCUUACCUUCGGGUUCACAUGCGAAUCCACACUGGAGAGAAACCCUACGUAUGUAAGUACUGUGGAAAAGCCUUUACUGAGCAUUCAGGCCUUAAUAAACAUUUACGAAAACACACUGGAGAGAAACCAUACGAAUAUAAGGAAUGUGGAGAUCCCUUCAUUAGUUCUUCUGAUGUUAAUGAACAGGAAAACUCUUUGAAUGUAAGGAAUUCAGAAAAUCUUUUUGGAAGUCCUCUUGAUCCUUAGUAAUCAUAAUUGAAUUCAUAAUCUUGAGAAAUCCUAUGGAUAUAAGCAGUGUAUGAAAGUGUUGAGUUUGUUCACUUCAAAGAUAUGAACUCAUUCUGAGUAUAUACCAUGAAUUUUAAGAACAUGGGAGAGUCAUCAUAAUCUCAUAUUCCAGUAUGUAAGAACUCACUUAAGCUAUGUAGAAUAAGAAACAUGCAGACCCUGUAGUAUUUCCUUGAGUCUUACUAAAUAUGCAAGCUAUGGCAAUAAAAUGUUCUGAUUUAAGAGGUGGAAACAGCAUUCUAAGAUGUUUGAUGUUGACCUGUCUCACAGUGGAGAAGAGCUUUAUGAAAGAAGUGUUGGAAAGUCUAUUUACAUUAUUUAACCUUGAGUAAGUGAUAUUUUAAACUGAAUGGAAUCCAUGUGUAUGUAAUAGGGGAUAAGCUUCACUGUGUUCUGAAAUCUUGUAUGGUUAUAAAGAUGGCUUUCUGAGUGGUUCUAUAGAUAAAUUUUGAAUAUAUCAAGCAUUUCAAUAUUUGUUUAUUUUUAUGACUUCAAUUAUAAAUUUCUAAUUUCCACUAUAGUUUUCUGCUUUAAAAUAUCUUUAAUAUGAGUGAAAACUAUUGUCUGUAUUUAAGAUCUACCACCUGAUGUGCCAUAUACUUAAAAGUUGUGAGACGAUGAAUAUACAGAUUUAAUAGAUCCAUCACCACAUGGUUAGCCUUUUUUCAUUAUGUCCUGGAAACACUUUCCAUUGUUUUAAAUUUCAAGUAUACCCUACAUGAGCAUUAACUAAAAUUACCAUGUUUUAUAUAAGGUUUCAAGUACUUAUAAAAAUGAGAGUUUGUACCUUUGACCAUUAUCUCCCCUUUUGUCAUAAACCCAGCCUCUGGUAAUUGAUAUUCCAGUCUCUGUUUUUAAGUUCAACUUUAGAUUCCACUUGUGAGAUGGUGCAGUAUUUUUCUUACUGUAAUUGACUUAUUUUACCUAGCAUAGUUUCCUCAAUGUCAAACUGUGUUAUGAUAUGUGAUUGAAUUCCUACUUUAUGGCAAAUUAUUUAAGACCAUGUUUUAUCCAUUUAUCUGUCAGGGGACAUGACACCGUUUCCUUACUUCGCUUUCAUGAGUGAUGCUGCAUUGACCAGGAGUGCAGCUUUGAGUUAGUGAUUUUAUUUCCUUAGAAGCCCAGAAGUGGAUUCGUUGUAUUAUAUGGUAGUUGUAUUUUAAUUUUAUGAGAAACCAUGUUUUUCUAUAACUAUACCAAUUUCAGUUCCCAGCAACAAUGUAGAAAUGUUCUGUUUUCUUCACCAUCUAAGGUAUCUUUUGAUGUUUUUCUGAACUGUUCUUAAGUAUGAGAUGACAUCAUUGUGGUUUUGAUUUGUAUUUCUCUGAUGCUUACUGAUUUUGAACAUUUUUUCAUAUAUCCACAAACCAUUUGUCUGUCUUUAGGAAAAUAUCUGAUGAGUUCUUUGUUAAGUUUAAAAUUGGGAUAUUUUGUGUUUUGCUACAAAAUUAAGUAUUUUGGAUAUCAAACCAUUGUCCCAUUUGUAAACAUAUGGUUUACGAAUAUUCAAUUGAAUUAUGUUGCCUUUUCACUUUAUGAAUUUUUUUGCUUUACUUUGAAAUCUUGUAGCUCUAGUUGUUUAUUUUUGUUUUUGAUGUCUGUGCUUUUUCUUGUUAACUCAAAAUUUCACUACCAAGGUAAAUGUCAGGAGGCUUUUCUCCUACAUUUUAUUCUAGGGGUUUUAUGGUUUUACAUCCUUAGGUUUAUUUUUUUAAUGGUCCAGUUUUAUUCUUUUGCUUGUGUAUAUAUAAACAAUUUUCUCAGUACUAUUUAUUUGAAAGAGUAUCUUUUUCAUAUUAUGUGGUAAUUUUAUUGAAAAUUAGUUGACUAUGUGUGUAUUUUCUGAGCUUUCUCAUUUGUUCUGUUGGUCCAUGUCAGCUUUUAUGCCAGUACCAUACUGUUUCUAUUAUGGUACCUUUGUAAUAAUGAUUUAAAGUUUGGAAUUUCUGUUCUUGUUCAAGAGUCUUCUGCUUUUCUGAGGUUCUUAGUUUUUAGUUUCUGAUGAAUUAAAAAUAUUUUUUUCAUAAUCCUGUGAACAAUGCCAUUGGAAGUUUGAAGGGAUGACAUUUAAUCUACAGAUCAUGUUGAGUAGUAUGGACAUUUUAACAGUGUUCUCCCAAUCCAUAAGCACAGGAUAUUUUCUUCCCCUUUUGUUUGUGCCUGCUUUAAUUUUUUUCAUAAUGUCCAAGUUUUCUGUUUAAAUCUUUUCCUGUUUAAAUUUUUUCUAAAAUGUUUUCAUUUUUGAUGCUCUUGUAAAUAGGAUUUUAAAUUCUUACGUUGUUAUUUUAGAGUGUAGAAAACUAAUGAUUUUCUUAUAUUGAUCUUGAAUCCUAUAACUUGUGAAUUUAUUUAUUCCGUUUUUUUUCAUGGAGUCUUGUCCUUUUUCACACUUGAAGAUAUGCCAUCUGCAAACAAUUUUUACUACUUUUCUGAUUUGGAUGUCUUCCAUUUUUCUUGGCUAAUUGUUCUGGCUUGACUUUUUCCAUUAUUAUAUUGAAUAGAAGUGGAAAGAGUGGGCAUUCUUGUUCUUGAUCUUUUAAAAAAAAAUAUGUGAGCUGCUUCCCAUUGUGUGUAAUGAUAGCUGUGGCUUUGUCAUAGCCAUUAUUAUGUUUAAGUACAUUUCUUUUAUAUCUAAUUUAUUGAGAAUUGUUAUCAUGAGAGAAUGUUGUAUGUUGUAACAUGAUCUUUUUCCAAUGAUAUAAUUUUUCUUUCAUUUUGUUAAUGUGGUGUAUAUCACAUUUAUUGAUUUGCAUGUGUUAAACCAUUUUUGCAUCCCAGAGAUAAAUCACACUCUCAUGGUGUGUAUGAUCCUUUUAAUGGUUAAUGUAAGUGUAAAUGAACAACUGAAUUUACUCAUCAAAAGAUUGUUUUAUUGAAUACUACUUUUUAAAAAAGACAUCUGUAGGCUAUCUAUAAGAGACUCCUUUCAUCUUAAAGUAUUUUUUAUUGUAGAUGGACACAGGAUAUUUUUAUUUUUAUGUGGUGUUGAGGAUCAAACCCUGUGCUCUGCGCGUGGGAGGCAAGUGCUCUACCACUCAGCCCCAGCCCCAGCCCCA